AAAGGGAGAGGAGAAAUGUUGACUAUGGUGGGCCUCACGGGUUCCUCGUGAUCCUGACGACCGCCAUUUCCCUAUUUUGGUGUUUGUCUGCAUUGCAUUAUCCAACGGGUGAGUGGGUGCGUCGGUCAAAGAAGCGGACGCGGAGGGUUUCGAAGAAGUUUCGGUGCCCUGAGAUGCUGCGGUGAGUGCUCUUGGGUUUCUGACUGGCGAAAGUUCCGCUACGAUAGGCGAGGGUUUGGAUCUGUUGUCAGUCGGUGAAUCGAUCCGUGUCGAGAUGGGAACGUCUUCUGGAUCUCAUUUCAACAAUCAAUCCUCAAUGCUACCUCCUCGGCAACAGCAGCAGCAGCUCCGACCAGGAGGCGGGGUACUGCAGACCUCUCUCUCCUUGGUUUCACCAGAUGCCUGUGGAUCUCCAAAUCUUCAGGAACGCGGCUCGAAUUCUGAUAACAUGCGUGAAUCUCCAUCUGAAAGUGCCAGUUCAAGAGAAACCUGGCCUACUGCUGAGGCAUUGGCAGCAAAGAAACUGGAGAAGGAAAAGGAAAGAGAUAACGGCUUUGCCGAGCACUCUGUUGUCCGCCACAUUGCGAGUUCAGAUAAGAUGUCUCUUCGAGAUGUAGCUGGAGAAAGAGUGGAAAUUAUUGCCGAUAGAAUGCAGAAUCUUCCGGAUGAGUAUCUUGACAGGUUCAAAAAUGAACUUCGAUCGUUUCUUGAAGGGUUGGGUAGUUCUCACCAAAGAGAAGAGUUCUUAUCCCUGCAAAAGCAGGUUCAAAGUAGAGGCGAUUUGACUGAAAAAACACUGAUAAUGGCGCACAGGGUUCAGCUUGAAAUUCUAGUUUCUAUAAAGACGGGAAUUCAGGCGUUUUUGCAUCCAAGUGUUUGCCUCUCUCAAGCAUCACUUAUUGACAUUUUCUUAUACAAGAGGUGCCGAAACAUAGCGUGUGGAUCUACAUUACCGGCAGAGGAUUGUGGCUGCGACCUGUGCUCGAAAAGAAAUGGUUUCUGCAAUCUGUGCAUGUGUGUGAUCUGCAACAAGUUUGAUUUCGAGGUUAACACAUGCCGCUGGAUCGGGUGCGAUGCGUGUUCCCAUUGGACUCACACUGAUUGUGCCAUUCGUAACGGACAGAUUGGUAUGGGCCCUUGUGUUAAAAAUUCGUCCACUUCAGCAGAGAUGGUUUUUAGGUGUCAAGCUUGCUCUAGGGCUUCUGAGCUUGUGGGAUGGGUUAAAGAUGUCUUCCAGCACUGCGCUCCGAGCUGGGAUCGGGACGCUUUGAUUCGAGAACUUGACUUUGUAAGUCGUAUUUUCCGCGGGAGUGAGGAUCCGAAAGGCAGGAAAUUGUUCUGGAAGUGUGAGGAGCUAAUUGAGAAACUGAGAAGCGGCAUUGCAGAUUCGGUGGCUUGCAAAGUAAUCUUGUUGUUCUUUCAAGAGCUCGACACCGACAGUUUAAAAAAUCAAGAAGGUGAAGAAUCUGGAAGGAUGGUAUCCCCACAAGAAGCAUUCAAUAAGAUAGCCGACGUAGUGCAGGAAGCUGUUAGAAAGAUGGAAAUGGUCGCGGAGGAGAAGAUGCGGAUGGUGAAAAAGGCUCGUCUGGCUGUAGACGCUUGCGAACAAGAGCUCAAGGAUAAAGCUCGGGAGGUUGCUGCACUGAAGAUGGAAAGGCAGAGGAAGAUGAUGCAGAUCGAUGAGCUGGACAGUAUCGUUCGUCUUAAACAAGCCGAGGCCGACAUGUUCGAGCUCAAGGCUAACGAGGCCCGUCGGGAAGCUGAGAGGCUGCAACGAAUUGCACUCGCCAAGACUGAAAAAUCGGAAGAGGAUUACGCUAGUAGGUACCUCAAACAAAGAUUGCACGAGGCAGAAGCCGAGAAGCAAUACCUGUUCGAAAAAAUCAAGCUUCAGGAAAGUUUGAAGCCGACCCAAAGCAGCGCCGGAACAAGCGACCCUGCCUCAAUGAUGUACAACAAAAUCCAAGAUUUGCUCAAGAACAUGUACAAUGGGCCGCCAAAAGCAGAUGGCUAGCCUCCUAAUCGUCAUUUUCAGGGUGGUAUUUACCGGUUCGGUUGGCCUGUAUAUUAUGUCGUUAAUCUUACAAAUUGGUUUAACUCUGUAGCGUAGAGAAGACACUUAGUUACAUCUUUCUCGCGCUCAUGCUUUGUAUCUGUACUAUUAUACUGCCGUGUGGUUGUUUUUAGUGAUCUUUAGUUUGGAUA